CACAUACACGCAAACAAUUAUUAACAGUCACUGCCGCUACCAAGCGCUUCCAACGACGAUGCUAUACAGUGCAGGCUUCACCUUCCAUAAAACACCUCUAAAUUCCCCACAACCAAGGAUUACCUAAUCCAAAACCCUAAUCUCUCUCUCUCUCUCUCUCUCUCUCUCUCUCUCUCUAUGCCUCCUUUGACAAAGCUACUGUUAGGAAGAAAGUGAGAAGAAGAGUGUGUGAGUUAAAGAAGAAGAAGAUGAGGAUAGUUAAAACCACUGAUUCUUCUCAAAAUCCCAGUCUCUUUGGAUUCAUGGUUGUUGAAGCUUAUCCCAAAAGGUAUUCCUCCAAGAUCCCCUCAGAUUUGGUCCUCUUUUUAGGCCUUGGCUUCAUAGAUUGGUAAAUUAUAUAGCUCAUCAAUAUUUAUUCAAACUCUCUCUUGUCUAUCUAUCUAUCUAUAUAAUAAAGACUAGAUAUUAUAUACCAUAUGGCUUUGAUUCAUCACUGUUUCUCAGCUGUCUUUGGAGGAGGGUAUAAGCAGAUUCUUGGGUUAGGGUUAGAUAUAAUCUUUAUUUAGCUUUUCUUGUUAAUCUCUUCCAUCUUUCUCUCUAUAUAGUCACAGAUUGUAGAGAUUUACAAAUCUCUUGAUUUUAUAGUCAUAUCUGAUUAUUUGGGUUUUUGAAAUUAUAUUAUUUUUAUUGGUUUUGAUGUGGGUUUGUUAUGGGAAAUGGUAUAAAUAAGAUGAAUAAACCUAGGAUCUUGAUGGAGGUGGGGGGGUUUUGUGGGGAUUGAUUUCGUUGGUAGUGGUUAUACAAGGUUGUUAAUUUUGUUGAAUUGAUUCUUGGGAUGAAAUUUCCAAACCACUAGUGAAUUUGCCCUAAAAGACCAAAUGAGAUCAAUUGAAAUGGGAGAUUCACUUAUCAAAUCUCUGUCAAUGGAGAAUCAUCGCCCAUCCACCCUUUUGUCCAUGGAUUCAAGUACCUCUUCAUCGCACGAUGAGUUGGAUCUUGAGAUGAAUCACCAAGGUGCUCUUACCCGUCCCCCUGAUAUCAAUUUACCCCUUUCAGUAGAGCGCAGCCCACCUCCACAACUGUGGUGCUCAGACCAGUGUGAUAUGCUUGAUGUUGGGCUUGCUCCCCAAGUCUACGAGACCGAGAGCUUUCUCAGUGUCCCCAAGGUUGGACGGAAAUGCAUAAAACGGACAGAUAGCAUCUGGGGUGCAUGGUUUUUCUUCAGUUUUUACUUCAAGCCCGUUUUGAAUGAGAAAUCCAAGGCAAAGAUUGUACGUGAUAGUAAUGGAGUUUCGGGUUUUGAUAAAUCUGAUCUCCAUCUUGAUAUUUUCAUGGUUCAGCAUGAUAUGGAGAAUAUGUAUAUGUGGGUUUUCAAGGAAAGGCCUGAGAAUGCGUUGGGUAAGAUGCAGUUAAGGAGUUACAUGAAUGGUCAUUCUCGUCAAGGAGAUCGUCCCUUUCCAUUUAGUGUUGAUAGGGGUUUCGUUCGAUCUCAUAGGAUGCAAAGAAAGCAUUACAGGGGACUCUCUAAUCCACAGUGUGUUCAUGGGAUUGAAGUUGUUUCCUCCCCAAAUCUCAUGGGUCUUGAUGAAGAUGAGCGGAAAAGGUGGAAGGAACUCACAGGGAGGGAUUUCAAUUUCACAAUCCCACAUGAAGCUAGUGAUUUCAGUUCAUGGAGGAAUAUCCCAAGCACCGAAUUUGAAAUUGAGAGGCCACUUCCUCCGGUUAAGAGUAACCCAAAUCUGAACCCUAAAAAAUUGCUUAAUGGGUCUGCUCUGAAUUUGUCAACUCAGCUAUCUAACCUCAGCAAUGGCGAUCAAGUAGACCUAUCACCUGUCAGCAAGAGACGGAGGGACUUUUUCCCACACGGGAACGAUGUUGAAUGUUAUUUGGCGGUUAAUCCUCUUAAUGAUCGUGUUCCGGAGAUGGAAAUUAACCCGUAUGGACCAAACUGGUUGAACGACUUUGGUGGGGUGAUGAGGAAUGUUUAUGGGCCUGUUACAGCUGCGAAAACAAUUUACGAAGAUGAAGAGGGUUAUUUGAUCAUCAUAAGCUUGCCCUUUGUAGAUCUUCAAAGGGUGAAAGUCUCUUGGCGAAACACCCUCACUCAUGGGAUCAUUAAGGUAUCUUGUCUGAGCACUUCUCGCGUGCAAUACAUCAAGAGACAUGACAGGACUUUCAAGAUUACAGAUCCAUCGUCGGAGCACUGUCCUCCUGGUAGAUUUGUUAGAGAGAUCCCACUUUCAACUCGAAUCCCGGAAGAUGCCAAUAUAGAAGCAUACUACGAUGGACCGGGAACAGCACUAGAGAUCAUGGUGCCAAAACUCCGCGUGGGGCCAGAAGAACAUGAGGUUCGUGUUUGCCUUCGCCCUCAUCUGGGGAGCAAUGAUCUUAUGUUGACCUAAUAUGUGAAUCCUUUGAAACUUUAUGCUAUCAGUGGUGCUCCAUUGUUGCUUUAUAGUACCAAAUAGUGUAUUCUAUGAAAUAAAAUGCUCUGUUUCACUUUUGCCAUGUUGAAUUUUGGGUCACUAUUUGCAAUGGUUUUGUUCCCAUGCAUUUGGUUGGCUUUUGUUUGUAAUCACUUUUAGUAAUAUUUGAUCUUGUGUUUGAAUUGGCUGUUCCAAUUAGUAGGCA